UGUUCUGUGAUAUGAUAAAUAUCUAAUCAGCUUUAUCUAAAAGUAAGGAAAUUUAAUUUGAAUAGUUGAGUAUGUGUAAAUAUGUUUAACUUUGGGAACCUAAAGACACAAUCCAUUUUAUGGACAUAGAAAUAUCUAAUAAUAUCUUAAUUCUGUGUGAGAAAUUUAGAGUCCUGUUAAAUUGUUAAUACAAACAAUGCAAUUCCAAUGCAGUCAAGAAACAAUAGAAGUUACCUAGUAAAGGUAUAGUGUAGCUUUCAUAUUUAAUAGGAUCGGUUUUUUGCCGUUGUUUGAUUCUGGUUUGUAUUAUAGAAGUAUCUAGCUUUUUCCUAGUACAUCUCUGAAUUUAGUUACAUCCCUUACUAUGGAAAAAUUACAUCUUUCUAGAUAUAGGUUUUGAAUAAAAUAUUCUGUGAAGCAGAUACUAAAAUGAUUUUCUUAAUUUCAAAAGUGGUAGGUAUGUGUUAAUUUGAUCCAUCCUUUGCCUUCCUUUAUUUGAUGCAAUGAAAUUAGAUCCUACUAAAUAUCAAUUAAUAGAGCCCUUACAAGAAAUUUUGGGCUCUUUUUUUCCAUGCAAAUUGUUUUAAUGUUAAAAUUAAAAAGGCAAAGUAAAUAGAUAUUCAAUAUUCAAUAGUCUGAAUAUAUCCUGUAAUUUCCAAAUGGUAGGGAUUGAUAGGCAUUUAAUAUUGUUUCAUACUCACUAAGAAGCCCUACUCACUAAGAUUUCUUGACUCAUACCUCAAUAUAAGCACUAGUGAGGGACUAAUUUUCCAACCAAAGAUAACUAAGAUACUAUUCCUGUCCUUUGGUGGCUCACAUGUGGAAGAAGGGCCACACUGGUAUGAAACAGGAAACAAUACUAUUUACAGAUCAAUCAUAUUUACAUUCAUAUAUUGUUACAGCAGCAGAGAGGAGAAACAGCCUAAAUGCUUGGUUCUUACUACACAGUGAGAAUUCUGUUUAGGGAGUGUGGUGAGAUUUUUUAAUUUUUUGAAGAAUGACAUGAAACUAGUUUCUUUUUGGAUUCCUAUGCCCAAGUUUUCUGGAAACGUGAAAUUUGUUACUAUAGUGUUCCCAUAGGCAUUCACAAUUUUUCUGUUGAUUGCAUGGGAAUUAGUCAAAAAUGAAAAGCCUAUUAAAAAGCUAAAUCUAGCAGUGAAGUAAAGUUACUGCAGCAAUGCUUUUAAAAAUACUUAAAUUUUAACUUCCCCAUGAAACAAUGAAGAAUCCAAGAAUGCGAAUGAAUCUCUAUAUUAGCAUUAUUUUUAACAAAAGAAAGAAAAUUUGAAAUAAACUACUGCCAAAAAAAUUCUUAAAUACUCACAAGUUGGUACCAUCAUUUUAUUCUGAUGGAAACCACGCGAUGGCGCUGCAGGUUAAGGAAACCGAGAAAGGUGAACCCAAGCGGUCACCCGAGUUACUAACAGGAAGAUCCGUGGGAAAAAACGCUUUAGCAGCCCACGCUUUGAACGGGAACAGGGGAAAACGUAGCUACCUGCUACUAUAUGGUUUUGGUCUGAAGUGUGCGACUAGUUAUGCAGAGCACCUGGUUGUGAUACAUACUGAUGAAAAAAAGCAACUAUGGAGGCCAGAGGAUUGCACUUUCUCAGACAAAGGCAAGUCCUACUUCUUUUCUUACUCUGGGAUGUGUCCUGGGCAGAUGCUGGGUUUGGACACUAUGUGGUGACUGAGGAAACAGAAAGAGGAUCCUUUGUGGUCAAUCUGCCAAAGGAUCUGGGGCUAGGGGUGGAGGAGCUGGCUGCAAGGAGAACAAGGGUGGUUUUUGAUGACAACAAACAAUACUUGUUCCUGGAUUUUCAUACUGGAGAUUUGCUCACAAAUGAGAAACUGGACCGAGAGAAGCUGUGUGGCCCUGCAGAGCCUUGUAUGCUGUAUUUCCAGAUUUUAAUGGAUAACCCCUUUCAGAUUUACCAAGCUGAGUUGAGAGUUAGGGAUAUAAAUGACCACUCACCAGCAUUUCAGGACAAAGAGGUGAUUUUAAAAAUACCAGAAAAUACAGCUGAAGGAGCAGUAUUUCGACUACCAAGGGCACAGGAUUCAGAUGCAGGGCUUAAUGGUAUCCAGAACUAUACCAUCAACCUCAAUUUUUUUUUCCAUAUCAAAAUUAAUGACAAUGAUGAAGGCAUGGUAUAUCCAGUGCUGGUGCUGGACAAAGCUCUGGACUGGGAGGACCAGCAAGAGUUCAGUUUAACACUUACAGCAAUAGAUGGAGGGUCUCCACCCAGGACUGGGACUGCCACUGUACGGAUAGUGGUUUUAGACAUCAAUGAUAACGCCCCACAGUUUCCCCAGGAGCUUUAUGAGGCCCAGGUUCCAGAAAACAGCCCAGUAGGGUUCCUUAUUGUUAAAAUCUUUGCAGAAGAUGUUGACACAGGUGUCAAUGCAGAAGUUUCCUAUUCAUUUUUUGAUGCUUCUGAAGAUAUUCGGACAACUUUUGAAAUCAAUUCUCUUUCUGGGGCAAUCACUCUCAACGGGUUACUUGAUUAUGAGUCAGUAAAGUCUUACAAGAUAAACGUACAGGCAGUUGAUGGUGGGGGCUUGUCUGCAAGUUGUACAGUUGUGGUUCAGGUCUUAGAUAUCAAUGAUAACUCCCCGGAAUUGAUCAUAUCAUCACUUUCCAACUACAUUGCGGAGAAUUCUCCUGCGACUGAACUGGCAGUUUUUAGAAUUAGAGACAGAGACUCUGGAGAAAACGGAAAGAUGAUUUGCUACAUACAAAAAAAUGUGCCUUUCCUUCUAAAACGCUCUAUGGAAAAUUUUUACAUUCUCAUGACAGAAGGAGAAUUGGAUAGAGAAAGUAGAGAUGAAUACAACCUAACCAUCACAGUCACCGACCUGGGGACCCCCAGGCUGAAAACCCAGCACACCAUCACCGUGCUGGUCUCCGACGUCAACGACAACGCCCCCACCUUCACCCAAAGCUCCUACACCCUCUCGGUGCCCGAGAACAACAGCCCCGCCCUGCACAUCGGCAGCGUCAGCGCCACAGACUCAGACUCGGGCACCAACGCCCAGCUCACCUACUCGCUGCUGCCGCCGCCCCACGACCCGCUCCCGGGCCUCGCCUCGCUCGUGUCCAUCAACGCCGACACCGGCCAGCUGUUCGCGCUGCGGGCGCUGGACUACGAGGCCCUGCGCGCCUUCGAGUUCCGCGUGCGCGCCACCGACCGCGGCGCGCCCCCGCUCAGCGGCCAGGCGCGCGUGCGCGUGCGCGUGCUGGACGCCAACGACAACGCGCCCUUCGUGCUGCACCCGCUGCAGAACGCGUCCGCGCCCUGCACCGAGCUGCUGCCCCGCGCCGCCCAGCCCGGAUACCUGCUCACCAAGGUGGUGGCGGUGGACGCCGACGCGGGCCAGAACGCCUGGCUGUCCUUCCAGCUGCUGCAGGCCAGCGAGCCCGGGCUGUUCAGCGUGUGGGCGCACAGCGGCGAGGUGCGCACCGCCAGGCCGCCGGGCGAGCGCGACGCGCCCAGGCAGCGGCUGCUCGUGCUGGUCAGGGACAACGGCCAGCCGCCGCUGUCGGCCAGCGUCACGCUGCACGUGCUGCUGGUGGACGGCUUCUCGCAGCCCCACCUGCCCGGGCCCGAGGCGGCGGCCGAGCGCGCGCAGGCCGACCCGCUCACCGGCCCCCUGGUGGUGGCGCUGGCCUCGGUGUCGUCGCUCUUCCUGUGCUGGCUGCUGCUCUUCGUGGCGCUGAGACUGUGCGGGAGGAGCGGGCGGGCCGCGCUGCCUGGCUGCCCUGCGCCCAAGGGCCCCUUUCCGGGCCAGCUGCUGGACGUCAGCGGGGCGGGCACCCUGGCCCACAGCUACCAGUAUGAGGUGUGUCUCACUGGAGGAACUGGGACCAGCGAUUUCAAGUUCUUUAAACCAAUUUACCCAAAUAUUCCCACACAGCAUUCUGUAAAUAAUAGUGAAAAUAGUCCUACCUUGUGAAAUAACUUUGGAGUCUAUGGCCAUACCAUCCAGAAGGCACCCAGUCUUGCCUGAGAUAUCUUUGGAUUUAAUUUUCAGUAAAAAUUUUGUUUCAAUUUCCAUACACGUUUAAAGUGUUAGACUACCGUAUCAGUUAGUGUAGUUUUGUACUAGUUGUUAUGCAAUACUACUUGUAUUUUCAAUUUUAAUUGUCAUCAAUUAUUCACUGGUUACCAGUGUGAUUUCAUUCAUUUGCAAUAGAAACUAGUUUUAAAUGAAUUGCCAUAUACAUUUAAAUGAGUUAAAGAUUUAAUCCUUUCCAAAUGCAAAAAACCUUGUUGCUGUUUCUAAUUCUAAAGAAGGAAGAUUUCAUUUUUCUCCUGUUUAUUUUGUUGGUGCUUGAGAUUGAAUCCAUGCUAUACAAAAUAAGAAGCACUCACUAUGCUUGAGUUACAAGCCAGUCGCUGUUCUGAUAUGUUUUUCCUAAUCCUAACUACUCGUCUUUUGUACUUCUCUCAUAAGAAGUCACCUCUACACUUUAAAUUUUAUUCUAAAGUUUUAUUUAGUCAUGCUAAAUAUCAUGCUAUCUACUUCUAAAUACAGUAUUGAAAGAAAUACUCUGUUGCUGUGCUCACUGUAAAAUGAAGCAAAUCAUUUUAUGAUUGAUAUUGGACCUACAUAAUCUCUUUGUGUUGCUUCCUUAAAAUAUAUUACACUUAGUCAUAUUUUCUUAUGCUUAUAUAUAAAAUGGACCGUGUCUUAUAAUUUCAGUCAAACCUGCAUGAAACCUUUAGUCAUAACCUGCAUGAAAAUGAAUAUACCUUUUAAAACAUUUUGAAAGUUUGUGUAUGAAAAUAUUGGACUGAUGAAACAGUAUUUACAUUUAACUUUAGUUUGGAAAUUUGUUUUAAGAUUAUUUUCAAAUUUCAAAAUCAAAGUAAAUUAAAAAUUAUAAAGAAAAACAAUAAUGUUUUCAAUCCCCUGCCAACCCUGUAUAGUGGCUACUUCUACAAUUGAUUGCAGUACUUAUAAUACUACUUUAUCUUGAUAUCUGGUUUUAUAUUUUAAUAAUUUCUUGCUAGAAUACAAAAUGUUUAUUUUCCAAAUACUAAACACAAUCACUGUAUAUUCUCGUAUUCUAAUAGAAUUUUUUAAGUUGAAUAGUAGUUUAUAUUUCUAAGCUGUCUGCUAAAUAUACAAUACUAUAGAAUCAUUAACUUUUUCUUGAAAAAUACCUUUCCUAGACCUGAUAAUUGUUGUGUUGUAUUUACAUCAUUUUCUAUUAGUUGAUGUUGAUUUUUCACACCAUCUCUCUUGAAUAUCAUUUUUUCCCUAAAAUAUAUUGAACUGUAUCAAAUAACUAUCCAUUAUGUUUAUUCCUUGCAGAUUUUCACCCAAGUUUCUACUUCAUUUAUACCUUUUGCUUUAUAAGCUGUCAUCCUGGGAGAUUUUUCCUUUAAUAUUUUUCUGUAUUGGUCCCCUAUUGAUUUAUCUUUUAACCAUUAUAAUUAUUUUCUCAUAACUGAGAAUAGACAGUUUGAAGGAAGAAAUGUUUAUUUUGUCUCAUAGUUUCAGGGUUUCAAUCUAUGACUAUUGCAACUGACUUGUGGCAAUGGAACAACAUUAUGGUAGAGGAAAGGUGAUUGCCUUAGGGCAGCCGAGAAGCAGAGAGUGUGGGAAAGAAUGAGAGGAAGAGGCAGGUAACCAUACAUAGUAAAAAAAAAAAAAAACAGUUCACUCCUCCAUGACAUACUCACUUUAGCUAGGACUCACCUCCUGUUUCUAUCACUAAGCACUUUCAAAGUAUGAUUUUAUCACUAAAUGGGGUUACAAGUCCCCAUAAUCUAAUCACUUGCCCUAACCCUGUCAGCAACAUAUCCUUCAAAGUAAUGAACCUCUUAGAGGAUUAUGUUGGAUCCUAAUGAUAAUAGCUAAUAUAGGAUACAGUAUAUUCUUCACUCCUUACUUGACUCUGAUAUUUGAUUAACAUACAUUUCACUAUACCUUACAAAAAUGGAUGCAGAAGAGGUAAAAAAUACUUUGAGGCCUUGCAUUGUGAUCUUUUCCCUUUCAUUUUAUUGUAGUUUUACUGGAUAUAAAAUUCCAUGUUGAAAAUAAUUUUACUUCUGAUUUUUAAAACACCGUUCCUAAAAAAAAGGUUUUAGGGCUGGGGAUUUAGCUCAGUGGCAUAAGUGCCUGCCUGGCAAGCACGAGGUCAUGAGUUCCAUCCCCAGUACCGCAAAAAAACCACCAUUCCUUUUAUUUACUGCACAGUUCAGAAGACUAAGUCCACUCUUAAUUCCCAUCUAUUUUUAUGUGAUUUGGUUUUUUUCUGUCUUUGUAGAAACAAUGGAAAUCUUUUCCCUUGAUUCUGAAAAUAACUUAUUAGUAACUCAUUAAUCUAGACAUAUGAGCAUUCCUUAAUUCUCAUAUUCUGGAGUUUAGACGUAAUGUUUAGACAGUUUUGAGAAGUUUUCUUGUUAAGUUUCACUAUAAUUUGUCCCCUAAUUUCUACAUUCGAACUUUAACCAGAAUCUGAAUUAUACAUGGGGAUCUCCUGAGUUGACUGUAUAAGACUUCAAACUUGUUUUCCUUUUUUAUUUUUCUCUUUACCUCCUGUUCCACAUUUUUGACAACUUAUUUAAUCAUUCAGUCUUUAAACUUUUAUUUUUGAUUUAUUUAUUUUUAAAAGUUCUUUUUUAUCCUCUGAGUGUUUUUUAUAGUAUGUUGUGAUAGAUUUAUAAACAUAUUAUCUUCUCUCAUUAUAAGUACUUAUAUUCUUAAAAUAUAUUAUGUAAAAAUGCAUCAUACUGCCAUGACCUGUACAGCCAAAUGAGAUUAAGAAAAAACUAGACACACUAAAAGAAAAUCUAGGCCCAGAUGAGACCUAAUCUCUCUGAUGGAGAGACAGUAACAACCCAGUACAGUCUGGGUCUUGAUUUGUACACAGUACACUCAUGACAGGAUCAAAAAUGCAAGGUCUCAGUGUUUCACUGACAACACUGACAAUGAAACAUUCCCAGAGCUAUCUGUGCUGUAGUUAACAGGGAGGAACCACAAGGUCAGACACCUGCUGGACUGGCCUUGCUCUAGUCCCAAGGAGUUCACUGACUUCCUGCACAGCUGAGGCUGAGAUGCUCCUCACAUCGUAAUGUGUGUGUAUGUGUGUGUGUGUGUGUGUGUGUGUGUGUAUGAUCACAGAGAUGAUAACAACUUGGUCAGAGUAAUAUAUAACUUGCAAGGUGUAAUUAACUCAUGACCUGUUAUCAUACUAAACAAUACGUAGAGAGUAUAGUCACUAUUAAAAUGAAAUGGACAAAUACAUAUGACUUAAAACAAUGGGUAGCAUGUAGUAAUUAUGAAAUUAGGUAUUCUUAAUUUUAUUUCUUUGGGACAUCAAGUCAUAUCAAAGACACUUAUAUAUGUUUAUUCUUAUUCCUUUUUUAAAAAAGGUAGCAUUUGAACCUAUUUCAAGUUAUAGGGAACUCUUCAAUUGUCUUUUGAUUUUUAGCUAUAUUUUCAUACUUAAUAAUGGUGCCAUAUCAAUAUGCUGACAGUCAACUUUUUGUGAGUAUAAACAUUCUGUUAUUGGUAGGGCUUCAUUGUAACGAAACCACGUUAGCUUAGGGUAACUAUCUUGAAAGACAACGACAUCAGUAUGUUUAAGUUUUUCUUUGGGCUUUCUAUAGUCUUGAGUUUAAAAAUCUAGAGUACCUACUGUAUGGGUGUGGGCCUCAGAUAUAUAUCUUUUGUCCUACAGUCUGUGAGAAUUGCAUAGGAAAAGACCAGAAAUUUCACCAAUCAAAAUGCAAAGUUUGAUUUAUUUUUCCUAUGUUUACUUUCAUACCUGACACUUGCAUUCAGCUCUGCCAGUGUCUUCAGGACCACCAAAAGUCUCAUUCAGUUUCUCCAGAGUGUAAAUUGUCCGUUUUCUGAUCCUGAAAUACUUUCUUGUUUCUGUGGGCUGGAGAAAGGAACAGCGAAUUCAAGUCUCCUACAUACAUACUUUCAAUGAAUAAUUUUUCCAUUUCUUAAUUAAUUUCAGUCUCCUUGUGCAUCUGGUUCUUCCAAUCUCUAAGCUAAAUAUACAGUAAUUUACAGGACAAACCCACUAGUUUCUUGUAUCUUCAAAGAAGGAACUUUUCCAUUUCUUGAAACUUCUGAGUCAGAGUAACAUCUGCUUUAUGUCAUAAACAUAUGUGCUAACUUGUUCACUCAGCCCUUGAAAGUUCCUUUUUUUCUUUUUUGUCAUUAUCUGGGUACUUUAAAUAAAAGAGAUUAACUGUGUGCAUAUA